CUGGCGCAUGCGCGGUCUGCGGCCGUGACGACAGCAAUGACCGUCGUCAUGGACCUAAUGAAAGGGUGCGGGGAACUGUUGUCUGGAAGUACUGGGAAUGGAGCCAUCCAGGGGCUUUCAGGUGUGUGGGGCAGUGUGGGCGAUGUUUAACUCCGGUCAGUUACUUCUGGAGUGACUAGAGAGGAGGCCUGCCGUCCGUGGGCCAGAGUGACUGUGUUUGGCCGGUGGUGAAGGAGGCUCACGGUCAGCGGAUGGCUCAGGCGACGGCUGUUUCUUUUGAACAAGAAAAUUAAGGAGUGAGAUUUGACAUAAGGACGAGUGCCAGCUACCAGAAAUUCAUUAAAUUUUCUUAAAAGAUCAUCAGUUUACACACUGACCAAAGGCUGGAAUUAGAAAUGGUAUCCAAAUGUUGUGCUUUCUCAUGCUCCUGCUCAUUGGGGUAUACACUGAUGCUGGGUGCAUUGUAUGUCAUCCUUGGCUGCAGUCGGAUUCUCCUAAUGAAGUUUUCUGCCAAUGAAGAGAAUAAGUACAACUACUUACCAGCCACAGUGAAUGUAUGUGCAGAGACUGUAAAACUGAUAUUUUGUUGCAUUCUAGCACUAAGAGUCCUAAUACAAGAGGGGCGGACGUGCAAGGAUUUGAAAUGUUCCUCUUGGCGCAAUGUUUUUCAGUUUAUGAAAUGGUCUGUUCCAGCACUUCUCUUUGUGGAUAACUUAAUUGUCUUCUAUGUGUUGGUCUACCUCCAGCCAGCAAUGGCAGUUUUGUUUUCAAAUUUUGUUAUUAUCACAACGGCUCUUCUGUUCAGAAUUGUUCUCAAGCGGCGCCUGUCCUCAGUGCAAUGGGCAUCACUUAUGAUUUUAUUCCUUUCCAUUGUGGCUCUUGUAUCAGGGACUGGAGAAGCCCAAGAUACUAUACCUAGGCACAUAUCUAAUCAUUAUGUGCACCUCAGUGCAUCAAAUAGCUGCUUCUCGUUUGUAACAUCUCAGGAUGAAAAUGCACAGCACCAGCUACGGAUCAAUCUCACAACAGCAGCUCCAAAAUGGGACACUAGUUCAUUCAAAAAACUUGGCCUUGGUUUUGGCCACCUUUUUAUAAUUAUACAAUGUUUUGUUUCUUCCAUGGCUAAUAUUUAUAAUGAAAAAAUGCUGAAAGAAGGAGAUCAACUGACUGAAAGUAUUUUCAUUCAGAAUAGUAAACUGUACUUCUUUGGAGUUAUAUUCAAUGGACUGAUAUUACUACUUCGAUCUGAAUCUCGCACCCACAUCCAAAAUUGUGGAUUUUUCUAUGGGCACAAUAUGUUUUCUGUGGCUUUAAUCUUUACCACUGCUGCCUUUGGACUGUCUGUGGCUUUUAUCCUGAAAUUCAGGGACAAUAUGUUUCAUGUCCUCACUGCCCAAAUAAUAACUGUUAUCAUAACUACAGUAUCUGUAUUUGAAUUUGAUUUUAAACCUUCACUGACUUUUUUAUUAGAAGUUCCUGUGGUAUUCCUGGCAAUAUUUAUUUACAAUUCCAGCAGGAUAAAGGACCCAAUGUAUAUCCUACAACAAGAGAGACUGAAGGUUAUAAAUGGUGAACUUCUGGAACGUUCCAGUGGGGAUGGUGAGGAAUUGGAAAGAUUGACCAAACCAAAUAAGGAUUCUGAAACAGAAGAAGAUUCCUUCUAGAAUAUUAAAUUAAACAAUGUAUUUGCUUCAUUAAAUGAAUGCUCCUCACAGGAUGUGAAUUAGCUACCUAAUUUCUUCUAUACAUCAGUUGUUUAGGAAAUGUGGACCAUACCUCAUUUGCACUGGAAUUUUUCUAAAGUAACUAAGAAGUCAGAUGGAUUUCACAUCAACAUUCCCAGCCUGGUUAUGAAAUAACACAGGAAUGACUAAUUUCCAGCUUGUCUGCUGGUUGGACUACCUUGUAAAACUAUAUGAUGAACUUCCAUUGACCUGGAUUUUGUGGAAGGAAGAAUGCUCUUUGCUCAUUAUGCUUAUAACUGUCCUUUGAUUUUGUUGGCUAUUGUAUGGCAUUCUCUACAAGCAAUCUGUGAUGUGUGAGAAUAAGAAAAGCACGGAUGUGCCUCCUUAGUGAAUCAGACUGAAGAAUCCUUACUGGGAUAUACAGUGGAGGUUACUGAUCGGGGGCUUGUGAACAGAUGGGAGUAUGUAAAAUCUGGGGAAACUAACUGUUAAGAACCUAGCUCUGUUCCAGGAGGUAGAGUGGAAAGUAUUUUCCAAGUUUUACUACAGGCAUUCAGCAGCUUCACAAGGCAAAGAUGUCUUUGGAGAGAUUGUAAGUGCCUUUACAGGGAAGAGAGGACCAGGAAUGUUUUCUCUUGGUUCUCUAGUCCAUUCGGUUCUUGGGGAUUAGACUAUCCUACUUUUCAGUGAAGCCAAACCAGUCAAUCUGACUGAAUUUGGGCAGGAGAUCUGACAGGGGCAAAUGAUAUGCUUUAGAGUUGGUCUCCAAAGCAUCCAGGGAACGGCAACUACUAGUUCCACCCCCUACUUCCAUUGCAAUAUCUAGCACACAGUAUCUAAAACAAGAAGGAUUGUUGGAAUGUUCAAUAUAAUAUGUUUUAAUAAUUAAUUACCAGUUUUUAAUUGCAAGUUUAAACUAGUUCGGCACAACAUAGUGGCCAAAGAGCCUGUUCCUGUGCUGCACUGUUCUAUCUCCAACAAAAAUUAAAAUGCAAAAGAAAUCUUCAGCAACAUCUCUAGCAAUGAUUUUUUUUCUAGUAGUAAUUAAAAUCAAUCACUAUUAAGUUUUCACUAAUACAAGAGCAUACCCCUAACUUUUUCUAGUAUGCUUAGUAGUUUCUGAAAUAGAAAAUGUGGUGGUUUGGAUGGCUUUCUAGGAGAUGCUACUGCAGCUUCAUACCCUUCAUGUAAAACAAUGCUCUAUCUCUUAGCAGUAUACUACUUGAGUAAAGUUUGUGCAGAAGCAAGACAUUUUGGAAAGGAACUUGCUGUUAUCCAUGCACAUUACACACAAGGAUACGGGAUGCUGUCUGAUAGAAACCCUCCAUGGUAUCUUAAUGCAAAAUCCAGACCACUACAUAUGUCCUCUUUGUACUACAGUUAAUCCAUCACAUAAAAGUAAUAGUAUUUUCUGUCAUUUCAAUGUAACAAUUAUUUGCAAACAAAUCAUAAGCAAUGAUAAUUGAACUGUACAUGGAAAACAAACACCUUUUCUGGCAUUUAUGUUAAUAAUUAACCUCGGGGAAUUAUACUGAGGAUGAAAAUAAGUAAAAGUAGUUUGAUUUAAAAAUACAGGCAAAUAAGUUUCAAAAAUGUGUUGCAUAUAGUUUAAAAAUUAUCUAGCUCAAAGAAAAUGCACAGUGCUUUGAAUAUCUUGCUGUAGAAGUUUUUAAGUAGCACAAUUGUAUUUAAUAACUAAUAUCUAUGAGUUGAUGCAAUAGUUGAUAUUGGAGAUUUAAUAAAUAUGGCCAUUAGCUUCUAGCCUUAGUUCAAUAAAAUCAUGUUACAAACAGUAGUUAUGUGGAAACUGAUGGAUCCAAGUCUUUUCAGUAUAAUAACUUAUAUAGUGCCUAUCACUACCCUGGGAUGUCUUAAGAGGCUUUACAGCUAAUGAAGUUUUUUCAAUUCCAGUCGCUGUUGUAAUGUGCUCAGCAAUUUGAUAAUGACCAAAUUAUCUGAUUUAGUGAUAUUCACUGAGGCACAAAUAUUGAAAAGGACAAAGAUAAUAACUUCCCUCCACUUGCUCGUUAUAGUGCCAUGGGAAAACAUCACCUCUGACAUUGUAACAGUGCAAUAUCAGCCUAGAUACUUUGAACCCAUUACCUUCUGACUUAAGAGGCUUAGAAUGCCACUGACUGGUUGAUACAAGAAUAUAACAUCUGAACCAUGACUGUAAAUUCUUUGUAACGAUUAAUGCAAACAUCUUUCUUGGAUAGAGAAAGUGAUGGGCCACAGUUUCCUGCUAGCAGCAAACAGCCCACACUCACACUUCAAAAUGUCAUACUUUUUGAAGAUUCCCUCUGUUUCAACUUGCUGCUGUGUCCCAGGUCAAUUUGAAGUAGUGUGCAGCAGCAGGGCCUUAAGUGUUUUCAUGUGCAGCGGAUGGUGCAGAAUGAGACAUGCCCAUGAAACACAUGGGGAAAAGGUGUUGACAUUUAGCUAGGCCAUACUCCUUGGGGUAGCCAGCUGGCAAACCUAUCCAAACAUUGUCUGAUUUUUGGCUUACAGAAACAUUCAUGAAAUUCAAACGAUUAAUAAUGAAUCAAACAAAAUCUUUUAAAUAAACAAGCUCAAACACCCAAGAACACAUCAAAUGUUUAACCAAACUAUAUGCAAAGGAAUGUAAAUUAUUUAAUGUACCUUGCUUCCUUCCUGCAGGCCCUCUGUAUUCAAAUGAAUGGAUUUACAGUUUUUGCUAACUUGGCACAGAGUCAGACAGAAUCCCUGGUGUAAAUGCUGGAGAGCUGCUGCAACCUUGUGCAUUGUUGUGUCCCAUAAUAAAAAAUCUAACAUCUGCAACUUUCUGUCUUACUUCAGUCAUCGUGCUUGCAGCAUCAGAGCAUAUAUGUAUAGGUAGGUAAGAAAGCUG